AUGAAUGCCGCUGCCGUGUUCCCCGCUGCCCUGCCCGUCGGUCUCUCCUCGCCCGCCGUCGUCCCGCCACCAGCAGACGCCGUCUUGCGCGCGCCGGUCUCUCGUGCACGGAUCCGUCUCUUCAGCCCGGUCAGCACACUUCGCAUCAAGUCGCUGGUGUAUCGCGCAGAUGCACGCGCAGUUCCUGGCCUGCGCGGCGUGACCGAGUCCGGCGUCGCGCGUCGAGCGCUGCACAUUGCUGCUGCGCGCGCUCGCUCCCGCGCCGGCAAAUGCGGUUAG